CGGUUGUCGGAGCUGCGGGCGGCGGCGGAGAGGAGCGGCUCGGGGGGGAGGAGCGGCGCGGGAGCGGAGCCGCGGAGGCAGAGGGGGAGGCAGGAAGGCGAGCGGCGGCCGCGGCGCUGCUGUUGUUCCGCACCUGCCGCCGGCCCGCGACACGUGGCGCCGCUGAGCCGCGCUCCUCGCCCCGCGCCGCCUGACCCCGCACACCCGGCACCAUGGGCAAGGGGGCUGGAAGAGACAAGUAUGAGCCCACUGCUACAUCAGAGCAUGGCACGAAGAAGAAAAAGGGGAAGAAGGAGAGGGACAUGGAUGAGCUUAAAAAGGAAGUUGCAAUGGAUGACCACAAGCUGAGCCUUGAUGAACUUCAUCGUAAAUAUGGAACAGACUUGAGUCGGGGUUUGACUCCUGCACGUGCAGCUGAGAUUUUGGCUCGUGAUGGCCCAAAUUCCCUCACACCCCCACCUACCACUCCUGAAUGGGUCAAGUUCUGUCGGCAGCUCUUUGGAGGAUUCUCACUCCUGUUGUGGAUUGGUGCUAUUCUAUGUUUUCUGGCUUAUGGCAUCCAAAGUGUGGUGGAGGAGGAGGCCAACAAAGAUAAUCUGUACCUGGGUGUUGUGUUGGCAGCUGUGGUCAUCAUUACUGGCUGUUUCUCUUAUUACCAAGAAGCAAAAAGUUCCAAGAUCAUGGAGUCCUUCAAGAACAUGGUGCCUCAGCAAGCUCUUGUGAUCAGAAACGGUGAGAAGACCAGCAUAAAUGCCGAAGGUGUUGUAGUUGGAGAUCUAGUGGAGGUGAAAGGAGGAGACAGGAUUCCAGCUGACCUUCGGAUCAUAUCUGCACAUGGUUGUAAGGUGGAUAACUCCUCACUCACUGGUGAAUCGGAGCCUCAGACUAGGUCUCCAGAUUUCUCCAAUGAGAACCCGCUGGAGACCAGGAACAUUGCCUUCUUUUCCACUAACUGUGUGGAAGGCACUGCACGUGGCAUUGUCAUUAGCACUGGGGAUCGCACUGUGAUGGGCCGUAUUGCUAGUCUGGCUUCUGGACUUGAAGGGGGGAAAACUCCAAUUGCCAUGGAAAUUGAGCACUUUAUCCACCUCAUCACUGGAGUGGCUGUGUUUCUGGGUGUCUCCUUCUUCAUCCUUUCACUCAUCCUUGAGUACACGUGGCUAGAGGCUGUAAUCUUCCUCAUUGGGAUCAUUGUUGCCAAUGUCCCUGAGGGGCUGCUUGCAACGGUAACGGUAUGCCUGACACUAACAGCCAAGCGUAUGGCUCGUAAGAACUGUUUGGUGAAGAACCUGGAAGCAGUGGAAACUCUGGGCUCCACAUCUACUAUCUGUUCUGACAAAACAGGCACUCUGACACAGAAUCGCAUGACGGUUGCGCACAUGUGGUUUGACAAUCAGAUUCAUGAGGCUGAUACUACAGAGAACCAGAGUGGUGCUUCCUUUGAUAAGAGCUCAGCUACUUGGAGUGCUUUGUCCAGAAUUGCAGGUCUCUGCAACCGUGCUGUGUUUCAGGCCAAUCAGGAAAAUGUACCAAUUCUUAAGAGAGCAGUGGCAGGAGAUGCCUCGGAGUCUGCACUUCUGAAAUGCAUUGAACUGUGCUGUGGCUCUGUCAAGGAGAUGAGACAAAGGUAUCCCAAAGUGGUGGAAAUACCAUUUAACUCUACCAACAAGUACCAGCUGUCUAUCCACAAAAAUCCAAAUCCAUCAGAAUCUCGUCACUUGCUGGUGAUGAAGGGAGCUCCAGAGAGGAUCUUGGAUCGCUGCAGCACUAUUCUUAUUCAUGGCAAAGAGCAACUACUUGAUGAGGAAAUGAAAGAUUCUUUUCAGAAUGCCUACCUUGAGUUGGGAGGCCUCGGGGAAAGAGUGUUAGGAUUCUGUCACUUGUCUCUGCCUGAUGAUCAGUUCCCUGAAGGCUUCCAGUUUGAUACAGAUGAAGUGAACUUUCCUGUAGACAAGCUCUGCUUUGUAGGACUGAUGUCUAUGAUUGACCCUCCUCGUGCUGCUGUGCCAGAUGCUGUUGGCAAAUGCAGAAGUGCUGGGAUCAAGGUUAUCAUGGUUACUGGAGACCAUCCAAUCACAGCCAAAGCCAUUGCCAAGGGUGUCGGUAUCAUCUCUGAGGGCAAUGAAACAGUGGAAGAUAUUGCUGCUCGACUCAACAUUCCUGUGAGCCAAGUCAACCCUAGGGAUGCCAAAGCUUGUGUUGUUCAUGGCUCAGAUUUGAAGGACAUGACUAGUGAGCAACUGGAUGACAUCUUGAUUCAUCAUACAGAAAUUGUCUUUGCCAGGACAUCUCCUCAGCAGAAGCUUAUAAUUGUGGAAGGCUGUCAGCGACAGGGUGCCAUUGUAGCAGUCACAGGUGAUGGUGUGAAUGAUUCCCCAGCCCUGAAGAAGGCUGACAUUGGUGUUGCUAUGGGUAUUGCUGGCUCAGAUGUCUCCAAGCAGGCAGCUGACAUGAUUCUGCUGGAUGACAACUUUGCCUCCAUUGUCACUGGGGUUGAAGAAGGGCGUCUGAUCUUUGAUAACCUGAAGAAGUCUAUUGCUUACACCUUGACCAGUAACAUUCCUGAAAUCACACCGUUUCUGAUCUUCAUAAUUGCAAACAUACCCCUUCCACUGGGAACAGUCACCAUCCUCUGCAUUGACUUGGGCACUGACAUGGUCCCCGCUAUUUCCCUGGCAUAUGAGCAAGCAGAGAGUGACAUCAUGAAGAGGCAGCCCAGAAAUCCCAAAACAGACAAGCUGGUGAAUGAACGGCUGAUCAGCAUGGCCUAUGGGCAGAUUGGUAUGAUCCAGGCCCUUGGAGGUUUCUUCACCUAUUUUGUCAUCAUGGCAGAAAAUGGGUUCUGGCCUACUGGCUUGCUAGGGAUCAGAGUUCAGUGGGAUGACCGAUGGGUUAAUGAUGUGGAAGACAGCUAUGGGCAGCAAUGGACCUACGAACAGAGGAAGGUCGUAGAGUUCACUUGCCAUACAGCCUUCUUUGUCAGCAUUGUGGUUGUGCAGUGGGCAGACUUGAUAAUUUGCAAGACCCGAAGAAACUCUGUCUUCCAGCAGGGAAUGAAGAACAAGAUCUUAAUAUUUGGUCUCUUUGAGGAGACUGCUCUGGCUGCCUUCCUCUCCUACUGCCCUGGAAUGGAUGUUGCUCUAAGGAUGUACCCUCUUAAGCCCAGCUGGUGGUUCUGUGCUUUUCCGUACUCCCUCCUCAUAUUCCUGUAUGAUGAAAUCAGAAAGCUCAUUAUCAGACGCCACCCUGGUGGUUGGGUGGAAAGAGAGACCUACUACUAAAAAGUGCCUGUGAAGCAUUCCACGCACAGCCCAUGCCACCUCUCCACCAUCUCCCCUGUGUGCAUACUUCAUCUUUGCAAGUGCAGAACUGUGCCUGGGCAGGAGUGAGCUGAAACUAAAGGAAACAUGAAGAAACAUGGACUGGAGGAGAAAGCAAGGGGGAGGUUGGGGUGGGGGGAGUGUCUGACCAUCAGUCCAUGGGGAUGGGAGUUUGAGUAGUUUAAUGUGCCUUUUUGUUUUUGUAAAAGGAGACUGAAGAUUUUAUAUGUUGAUUUUUACAAAUAAAGCUGGAUUACAAGAGGAUGCCCCCAUAUGGUCUUAGGUGAAUGUUUUUCCUCAAGGCAAAAACUGCUUCAGGGCAGUCUUCCCUCCCUGCUUAGGGUGUGGUGGCUUCCCAUUUUUGUAGCAGGGAAGCAGAACUGCUUGACCCAGAGACAACAGCAUAUGCAGUUUUUAACAGCCCUGGUGCAUCCCACUCUAGCUCUGUACAUAACCUGACAAACUGCUUGCAAGCAUUUGCAUUUCAAAGCCUGAAGCUCAGGAAUCUUGCUGGCAUCCAACUAUGCAUCUUGGCUACUUUUCUGCAGAUGUAGCAUGGAGUGGAGAGAAGAGCUUGUGGCUGAAUGUCUGCUCUAGCCUGCUUUAAGAGGUUGUGACUUGCUUGCUGGGUUCAGAAUACGAACAGGCUUCCACUGAAUGGCAUGUGGAUCCAAGCAGCCUUGUUCUUGAAAUUCUGACAUUGAUUUUCCUGUUUGCUUUGCCAAGCAAGAGAUAGUCUUUCCCAGUGACCUCUGUGCAUGCAUGUGCUUGUUCCAGCAUGGCAUUUGCCUGUCCUGAUAGUGGCUCAUUCCUGCAGUGAAGUGAGGGCAGAGGCUGGUCAUGGGUAUGGAAUCCUUCAUCUUCUACUCUUGAGGAAGGCAUUGCUGUUGUCUGGACUCUAGGGUGGCUUUGUGGAUUGAAGUGGGUUAUGCUGCUUCUCUCUUGAAUAUCUGGUCACUUUUCAUAUGCUUUGAUUUGCUGUUUAACCCUUGUGUGGCUCACUUCUGAAAACUUUGUGGGAGAGCUGGGCUUUUGCAUGUGGACAGUCACCGUGGAGUCCUAACUUCAUGCUCCUAGUGCUGUUGUGCUAAAGCCACCUGGAGAUGCUUCAGGCCCUUGGUCCUAUUCCUGAACUGUUGGUCUGUGCUCCCUUUAGAUUUGUCUACCUCUGCAAAGGGUUACUCUAAACCACAGCACUGAAAGGAUCUGCAGUUAAAACUCCAUGUUGUCAUCUCUUCUUCCUCAUUACUUUGAUUUUUUUUGGGCUUUUUAUUUUAAAGGUGUUAUUUUAAAGCCAGGUCACUUUUCUCAUGUACUGAACAAAAUAAAUAGCUAAGAGAGCAUUAGGGAGGGGAAAAAUGAGAAAGCUGAGGGUGGCAACUGUUUUAACUUGUCUUGAACACUCUAACAUGGAAACCCCAGUUGGAGAUUGUUAAAAAAAAAAUAAUAAAGUUUUCCAGUUGUUGGA